CUAACGCAGGUCAGCACACGGUGAACUGCAGUUCACUUCAAGCUGCUACACCACAUCAACUUCUGUGACUAUUUCCCAGCAUAUAUAAAGUUGCUCAAGCCAUGCAAGUCACACCAGUGCCAGUAGCUUGCGGUGUGCAAGCGCGCGCCAUGCACCGCUUGCGCCGGGCUGUGCCUGGCACGUCGCCCUGCUGCCAGGAUCGAUCUAGAAGUUCCAUCGUAUCGCACAGCUACGGGCCUACGGGCCAGGCAACACCGGCCCACUCGGUGUCUCGCCGGCAAGCCCUGGCGCUGCUGCCCGCCGGCGCUGCACUAGUUCUCGGCGUGGAGGCUGCGGGGCCCGGCGCUCGCGGAGCCCAGGCCAAGGUAUCAAUCGCCGAGGUGGUGAAGGGCAACGGAAAGAAUGAGCGCGACAUCCAGGUCACUGCCAGCGGCAUCCGCAUGUCGCUGGUGAGCUCGGGGCGCGGCGAGGCGCCGGCCACGGGGGCGCUGGUGCUUGUGGACGUGGUGGGGCAGCUGGAGGACGGCACGGUGUUUUUGGACACGCGGGUGGAGGGCGCGGCGCCGCUGGCCUUCCAGCUGGGCACCACCAACAAGUACGUGACGGAGGGGUUGGAGCAGGUGGUCCAGACCAUGAAGGCGGGGGACGUGAAGCUGGCGGUGGUGCCGCCGUCCCUAGGGUACGGGGAUCGCGGCGUCGCAUUCAAGAGCGGCAAGCGUGUGCCGCCCAACGCGCCGCUGUACUACGAGGUGUCGCUGCUGCGCUGCCAGACCUUCAACCUGGGGCUGGCCUGCUGCGCCGACGCCGACUUCCCAUGCAUCAAGAAGCCCGAGGCCGAGCUGACCAUGACCAGCAUGGCACCCAAGCAGUGAGCAUGACAUGCAUGGGCGUCUCAGGGGCACCCACAGGCGAUUGCGGGUGCGUCCGGAUGGCCGCUGUGCGUCCGAGUCGUGCCGCGGCAGCAGGCUGCUGCACUUGGCUGGGCGUCGUCGCCGGUUUCAGUUUCAGGUUCAAGUUCAGGUCCAGGGCAGGGGCAGGGGCAGGGGCAGGGGUAGGUUCAGGGGGUGGUUCAGAUUCAGGCGUAGCUCCAUUUCAGGGGCACGUGUGGCAGGAGGUGCGGCCCCAUUGCGUGAGAGCCCUUCACCAUCAGCUGCAUUGACCAGCAGCUGCAACAGCAGCGGCGGGCGGCUGGCACGGCAGGACCGGGUCCGGGGGCGGUAUACCCAGCAAUGCCACUUGCCCCAUCGAAGCUGGCACCACCGCCGUCGGUAUUGCUGCAGCCGCUGGCGACGUCUGAGCCGAGAGUGGUCGCGCGCCUGGUUGAGGGGCUGUGAUUGUUGAGCGUAUGGAUGAUGCACGCGCUGACGUACGGUACGGUAUCAAGAUAAAGGUCACGCACUCGCAUGCAUGACGGGAAGAAGCUGCGAUCGUUCUUAACUGUGUGCGAAAUGUCGGCCGAGGUCAGCCGAGCUUACAGUGCCGACAUGGCCACCCAGGUCUGGCGACUGGCUCAGAUUUCUUAGGACAUGCGUUGAUGCAGAUGCGUUUUACAAUGCGCUUUGCGCUUGAAGCUGGGCAUGUGGUACGCGGACGUGGUACGCGGACGGGCCACCUUUCAGUUCGAGUUGCCCAGCCAACGGCUGGCACGAAACCCAACUGCAAGGCCACACUCCGAACGAUAAUUUGAGCUGUACUUUCGGAUGAGAAUAGACAAAGCGACGUGGCUGGUUUUGAUCUCUGUCGCGCCCAUCGAGUAGUGAUAGAACACGCGCGUUAGCAGCGUAGCGUGACAAUGACAGGAAGGGCGUGAGACUGCAUACAUGUUACUAUAAUAUACUAAAAAGGAGGGGACCUGCAAGUUUGGCGGGCCCCGCCAAGCUUCGUCAAAACUG